AUGAAACUUACUAACACUUAAAGAGGUUUACUCACAGUAUUUGGAGGUUUUACUGUUCACUUAGUUAUUGGAGCAGUAUUUAUGUGGGGGACUUUGAAUGUUUAUAUAACAUCAUAUUUCCGUCAACUAAAUGAUGAAGGUCUAGCUUUGAGCGUUGGAGGAGCUAUCUUCCCAGUUAUGAUGUUAUCAGUAGCAACAGGUAUGCCCUUAGGUAUUAAGGCUGUUUAACUGUUUGGCUCAGCAAGAUACUAUGUUAUGGCUGCUUCCAUUAUUUGCAGCUUUUUAGUCUUUAUUUCUAGUUAUUGCACUUAUUUCUGGCAAUAUGUUUUAGUAUUUGGAAUUUUAUUUGGCCUCUUCUCUGGUACUAUAUAUUUUAUUCCUAUCUACAUGGGCUAUCUCUAUUUCCCCAAAAAAAAAGGUUUUGUGUCUGGCACAGUAUUAUGUGGUUAUGGUUUAUGCUCAUUAGUUAUGGGAUUGACUUUUUUUUCAUUUGUAAACCCUGAUAAUCUAACUUAGGAAAAAGAUCAUGAUGGUUAUUCAUACUUUUAAGGUUCUUCUGUUAUUGUUGCAUAGAGAGUACCUGAAGCGUUAAGAAAAAUGAGUUUAAUUUAUGUAAUUCUUUCAGUUUUUGGUUCAUGCUUUAUUAUGUAUCACCCUAAUCAAAUUGGUGAAGAAGAAAGAAGAUUAAAAAAAUUGCUUUAAGAAAAGAAAAAAAAAGAGGAAAUUCUCAAGCAUAAACUUGAUUUCUUAUCUAGCGAGUAAUUAAAGCCAGUACAAUAACAAGAUAAAAGAAUGAGUGAAAUUUUAAUCUAAAAGAAAAAAGAAGUACUUCAAUAAAACAUAGAAAUUAUCGAGAAAUAAGAAAAAGUGAUAGAAAAACAUAUCGAACUUUAAAAAAUUGAAGACUAAUAAAAAAUUUAAUAUAUUUACUCUGCAGGAGAAAAUAAUUAAGAAAAUGCAUAAAUAAAUUACUUUGGAAACUAUAAUCCAAAUGACAAUGACGAUGAAAGAAAUGCUUAAUUGAAAUAAACAAAUACAACCAGCAGCUUUAUUCAAACUAAAGUCAAUAUUGAUAUGAUUUUUAUGGAAGAAGAUGGAGGUUAAAAUAGAAAAGCCCACACAAAUGAGUAUGUCGAAGAGAUAGAAAAGGAAAUCGAAGCUUUAGAAAUGUCAGUUAAGUUAGAUCAAUAAUCCUUAAACAAAGAAACAUAGAAAGUAGAAUAAAUUCAGAAAUAGUUGGAAAAAGAGGAAUACUAAAAAAUGGGAGCUCCAAGUGUGUAUGAGGCUUUGAAAAAACCACAAUAUUACAUGUCCCUCUUGUUAGCUUUCUUAGCAGUUGCUUUCCCUAUUAUUAUUAACGGAAAUUACAAGAGUGUAGCUAAAGAUUAUGGAUUUUUAAAUGACAGCUAUUAGACUUUAGUAGGAGCACUUGUCAGCGCUGCUAAUGGUUUAUCUAGACCUGCAUAUGCAUCACUGUUAGAUAAGUUUACUUUCAAGCAAAUGUUGACUUGUAUCCUUUGCUUUUAGAUAUUCUUAUCUUUAACUUGUUAAUUAACUAAUGUUAACGAAGUUUUCUUUGCCAUAUGGAUGUUCUUGAUUAAUACUACUUUUGGCGGCGUACUCGCAAUGUGGCCUGUUUUUUCAGCCUAACUUAAUGGAGUUAAGGUAGGAUCUACCAUAUAUGGAACCUAUUGGUGGGCUUUUGGUUUCUCAAAUUUCCUCUAAUUUAUUUUUGUAUAUUUCUUGAAACCAAAAAUUGGAUUUAAUAAUAUAUUCUACAUAUACACUGGUAUCGCUUUUAGCGCUCUUUUACUUCUAAGAUUGUACAACUUCUAGAUAGAUUGGUCCACUUAUUACAAGAAAAAAUAAGAAAAGGAAGAGAAAGUAGUGGCUUUAGAAGUUUUAUAAAUUAAAACUUUGAAUUGA